GGUCCCCAAUGUUUUCCUCACCGUGUCAUCUUUCGUGCGCCUCGGUGUUUUCCUUAAUUGGCCUGGGCCUCGUAUGUUUUGCAGUGACUACUGAUAACUGGGUUGAAGUUCAGGUGAAUCGAAGAGAAAUCAUAAACUCAUUCAAACGAGAGCCCGAAUUGAGUUUACGCCUUCAAAAUGCUUUUGGUCACAACAACAUCUACUUCUCUCGCAACUAUGGUCUCUUCAAUCUUUGCUUCCCUGAUACAGUUCCACAAGAUGUUGGAAGCUUCAGCAAAAUGGGCUCUCCGUGCAUCUGGAGCAACGAGUUCAUGGUUCCAGAGUCUAAAAAGGAGCACUUCUCAAACAAUGAACUUUACCGUCAUUAUGCUGCAAAAGCAACUAUCAUUGCUUAUGUUGUUGGUAUUGUUUUCGUCGUGUUGAGCUUUAUUGUCGGACUCAUCGGAUGCUGGAAUAGAUCGAAAAAAUUCAUUAUGAGCACCGGAAUUCUUCUGAUCCUUGCUGGACUUUCAAUGUCUGUGGCUAUGCUUCUCUGGCACUACGUUGCUUACAGUGAGAGAUACACAUUAGAUGUAGAGCCAUACUACAAAUCUUGGGAGCCGAUUCUCAAAUUGACGUCCCGUCAUAACUACGGAUGGUCUUACAUUGUCUCUUGGAUCGGAAUCGGAUUUAUUGUCAUCGGAAGUGCUUUCAUGUUCUUCGCCUACGCUGCUGUAAAGAGAGAAGAGGAGGACGCGCUGACAGCUAAACACGGUGCCUACAUGAUGCCAAACUACUAUGACAAGGGGGCUGGAACUAUUGUGCCAUACAACUACAACACGUACGCUGGAUAUGGUGGCUACCCAUAUUACAAUCAAUACAACACUGCUGGCUAUGGAUACAUGACUUAUGGACGUUAAAGAGUGUUCUUCAUAUUGCAAAGAAGCCCUUUAUUCUAAAUUUUUAUAGUACUCAAUCAAGAAACGACGAGGUCCAUCACGAAUAUUCUCACCAAAUUCUAUGUUUUUUUUGAAUGUCAGAAGUUUUAUUCUAGCCUUUUCUUGGAAAGUCUAGACUUCCAGUAAUCCUCUUCCUCUUCCACUUGCCAACCAAAAAUUGUUGCCGUUUUGUGUAUGUGUGUAUCGCAUUUGUCACAGUUUCCCCAUAAUGUACCUAAACUACUUAAUAAUGUUUUUUUCUCAACUUUGUCAUUCUGAGUUUAGUGUUUUCUUGUUCUGAUUUUGUUGGCAAUCCCCAAUCCGUUUUAUGUCCGUCUUCUCAUUUUUGUACUGCCACUCCUUGUUUGAAAUUAUCGAGUUUGGAUGGAAGACCCUUGGUGCUCCUUUUCCCACUUGUCUUAUUCAAAAUGCCAUCUGCCCCCUUUUUUUGUUCAGUUCGUUCAGCAAGCACAAUGAAUUUAAAAGAUAAUCGAUACUCGAAUAUGCCACACCUCAGUUCCCAUUUAAUCAUUUCACUUUUUCAUACUUUUAAAUAUGUGAAACACUUUUUUUCAGUUCAUACCAAAGUAUCUAAAUAAAUCAGUUUGAUUGUAA